AUGCCCGGCCUCCUCCUCAACGCCCUCAAAUUCCUUGCCGCCGACGACCCAGCGGACAAGAAAAAAUACGAGAAGAUGAAACAAGCCGAAGCCGCCAAACGCGUCGACGACGACCUCAAAGCCGCGAAGCGGAAGAGUCGAGAGUUGAAAGCAAAAUGGGAGCGAGAGGAUCGGGAGAAGGCUGAGCGGAAGGGUAGGGAGAGGGAAUUGGAGAGGGUGAGGGGGGAGUUGAGGGAGGAGAAGGAGAGGAGGGAGGAGGAGGGGAGGAGGGAGGAGGAGAGGGGUAGGGGGAGGAGGAGGAGGAGAGAGGAGGAAGCGAGGCAUGGGAGGCGGUAG